CGCCUUCUUGGAGAAAUAGCAUUUCAACUGGAAAGACGCAUCUUAGAUUUCAUCUUUGCCAAGCGUCAGAAAGGUCAGAAAGAGCGGUUACAUCGUCGAUUCUAUGGCUACACAGUGUCAAAUAUACCAGUAAUGAUAACUAGAGAGGCUACUAUUAAAGAUGGCAGCCUAGAUCAUGCUAAAAGAGGCAUGUACGAAAAGAGAUAUGAUCAAAUCAAGAAAUCUUUAUCUGCUUUUGGAUACAGUUUGGAAAAGCAUAGCUAUUACUGUUUAAAAAUGAUCAACAAAUAUGGUCUAUUAAGUCAACCUCCAGAUCGGCAAACCAUGGAGAUCUGUGGACUACAAAAUCCCGCCACGUUAAGAAUGUAUGUCAAUAACUUGGCUCAAAAUGAGAAAGAGAGAAGCCAUAUGAUGGUUGUUUUGGAAUGUUUGCUUCUUUUAGCACACGAUGAUAAUCAAUCUAUUUUCCUUUGGUAA